AAACAGAGUUUGGCGGGGUAGGGUUUUAAGUUAGCAAGCAUUCUCAACUUCCAGAAGUUAGGGUUUUUCAGUCUCUCCUCCCCUUUCAUCUGUAAAUGGUCUCUGUUUUGUGAAGCAGUAGCAGCGGCAGCGGCAGCCAUGGGAGGUUCUCGAGCUCAAGUUAACAAAGCUCACAAAACUCGUUUUGCCUCUAAAUCUUCUCGCAAUAUUCACAAAACUUCUCUUAAAGAUAAGCAUCAAAAUGCGAAAUCGGACCGUUUCGGUAAAGGUGCUCGUGCUGCUCGCAUUCAGCGCAAUAAUAUGAUACGAGAUCAAAAGCGGACUGCAGUCUUGAAUGAAAAAAGGGCAUCAAGUGGAUCAGCAAGUCCACCUCUUGUUAUUGUCUUGUUUGGUCUGUCUGCUAAUGUGGACCUGAAUGCGGUCGAAAGAGAUUUGUUGGGAUUACUAUCAUCAGAAUGCGGCAGUGAGGCAUCUCCUACUGUUGUCUCGUCCGAGUACAAGAUAAGAGCCACUGUGCUGAAAGCUCCUCAUGGGGAUCUAUCUCCGUGCAUGGAUAUGGCCAAGGUUGCUGAUUUGAUGGCUUUUGUCACAUCAGCGAGUUCUCCAUGUGAAGACGGCUCAUCUGAUUAUAUUGAUUCAUUCGGAUUACAGUGUCUUUCUGUCUUCAAAGCCAUAGGCUUACCGAGCACUGUGGUCUUGAUCCGUGAUUUACCAAGUGACUUGAAAGGCCGAAAUGAAUCUAAGAAAUUUUGUAAUUCCAGUCUUGCUUCCGAAUUCCCUGAUCCUUGUAAAUUUUAUCCGGCAGAUACAAAGGAUGAUUUGCACAAGUUCUUAUACCUUCUGAAAGAUCAAAGGUUGAAAUCUCCUCACUGGAGGAACCAGCGUGCUUAUGUUGCUUCUCCAAAGCUUGAGAUGCUUGAUCAUGAUUCUGUUUCUGGAAAGUGUACCCUCUGUGUCACUGGUUAUAUCCGUGGGCGUAAUCUAUCUGUAAACCAGCUGGUUCAUGUAUCUGGAGCAGGUGAUUAUCAAUUGAGCAAAAUUGAUAUUCUCAGGGAUCCAUAUGCUCUAAAUCCCAGGAAAGAACAGGACACAAUGGAUGCUGAUGAUGCGCCUGAUCUACAGGUGAUCAGCUCUUUAGUGCCUGAUGAUUCAAAGCAAGAACCCUUACAUGUCGAAAAUGUUCCAGAUCCUCUUGCUGGAGAACAGACAUGGCCAUCCAAGAAGGAAAUGGAAGAUGCAGAGAAAAAUCUGAAACAUAAGGAAGUAAAGAAGAGAAGACUUCCACCUGGUACCUCGGACUAUCAGGCUGCUUGGAUUGUGGAUGAGAGUGAUGAUGAUGAUGAUGAUGAUGUAGGAAGUGUUGAUGAGUCAAAUGAUGGCAUGGCCUUGGAUGACGAAGAAGAUGGUUUUGCUUCUAAGGAAAUUUCUAAAAGUUUUGACCUUGAUGAAGAUCAAGGUUCUCUUGAUUUAGGAGAAUCCGAUGGAGAGACAGAGACUGACUCAGAGAUGAUCGAAGGUCCGACUAGGGAGCAGAUAGAACAUGACAUUAAAAGAUUAAAAGAUGCUCAUGCGGAAGAUGAGGAAUACCCAGAUGAAGUUGAUACUCCAUUAGACGUGCCUGCUAGAAAGCGUUUUGCCAGAUACAGAGGCCUGAAGUCCUUUAGAACAUCUUCAUGGGAUCCAAAGGAAUCCCUACCAGUUGAAUAUUCUAGAAUAUUUGCCUUCGAUAAUUUCACAAGAACUCGAAAACACGUGCUUGCUAAAGCUUUGGAAUGGGACAAUAAGAGUAAAGAAGAAACUGUGUCACCUGGUACAUUUGCAAGGCUCUAUAUCAAAGAUGUACCACAAGCUGUUGCUUCAACUUUAUAUUCGCGUGCAAAAAUGAUUCCCAUCAUAGUAUGUGGGCUCUUGCAACACGAGUCCAAGAUGUCUGUCCUUCACUUUAGCAUUAAGAAGCACGAUAGUUACCAUGAACCAAUCAAAGGGAAAGAGGAACUGAUAUUUCAUGUUGGUUUCCGACAGUUUGUUGCGAGGCCAAUAUUUUCUUCGGAUAACUUCAAUUCAGACAAACACAAGAUGGAGAAGUUUCUUCAUGCAGGACGCUUUUCUGUAGCUUCCAUAUAUGCUCCAAUUUCAUUUCCACCACUUUGUUUGGUUGCCAUGAAAAAAUUAGGAGACAUGGGAUCACCUGUUCUCGCUGCUGUUGGUUCUUUGAUAAGUGUUGAUCCAGAUAGAAUACUGUUAAAGAAGAUUAUUCUAACCGGUUAUCCCCAACGAGUUUCGAAAGUCAAAGCGACAGUCAGAUAUAUGUUCCACAGUCCUGAAGAUGUGCGAUGGUUCAAGCCUGUAGAAAUAUGGACUAAAUGCGGACGCCGUGGCCGUGUAAAGGAGCCUGUCGGUACACAUGGGGCAAUGAAAUGCCUCUUUAAUGGUGUCCUUCAGCAGAGUGACACUGUGUGCAUGAGCCUGUUUAAACGUGCAUACCCCAAAUGGCCAGAACACAAGUUUCCAUUGUCCAACUUUUGAAAUGAUAGAUUCUCAGUGCAGUACAGGGUAUAACUCACUGUUGCUGUGAUCGGGAAUGAAGCACUGGUUCAGAAUUUGUCUUCACAUAUUUUCUUGUAUGUCAGUAGGUUAGUUUAGUUAUUCUUAAAAUUAUACAUCUAUUACCUGAACCCACUGAUUUGAAGGGCAUCAAAUUUUGCUGAGUUUUGUCCAUGUAGGUGAUUUCAUAUGUAGGGAGAGAUCAAAUUCUGCUAUUAUGGAUUGACAUUGUAAAAUCAAGUUUAAAUUUCUGUAUAUUUACUUAUUUAUACUA